AUGAAUUUUCUAUAUUAUUUUUGUGGAUCAAUUCAUUAUCCAUGUUUCGGCUUAACAAUAAUUAUUGAUUAUCAAUACUCAUAUACAAAUAUAACUUUUAUAAACUAUUUUGCAGCUCUCAUUUUGUUUUCUUCUACCAGUUAUAUACAAUAUAAUGUUCACUUUGUAUUAGCGAAUCUCAAACGUUCUCAAAAUGAAAUUUAUCCCAUUCCAUAUGGCCAUUGGAUCUUUGAUUAUCUCUCUUGUCCGAAUUAUAUAGCUGAAAUAUUUAUUUAUUGCUCAUUUUUAAUUGCAAGUCAUCGAACAUCAGCGAUGGCAGCAUUAUUCAUAUGGGUAUUUGUUCAUCAAUCUCUAUCAGCUUUGUUAAAUCACCAAUGGUACCGUCGAUAUUAUCGCGAAUUAUAUCCAUUGGGUCGGUGUGCGCUGAUACCUUUUAUUCUUUAA